UGGUUUUUUGUUUAUGUUGGGACGUCGUCGGAAAAAUCGGCUGUUUUCCCGUGCGUCCGCUGUGCCAUGAAAAGCUGCUAAAAAGCUAAAUAUAAAAAUCAGCGCAGCGCGCGGCCAAACUUACGUUCGGAACACGGGAAAUAUGUGAAUGCGGAGAGACGGAAUGGAAAACGCAUCUUGUGUGUGUACAUAAAUAUGUAACUGCGCCCGUGCCUGCGUAUGCGUUAGCGGUUGUGUUUGUGUUUGUGCACGGUGCAAUGGAAAAGUGAUUAUUAUAAAUGAAAAGCUGAGAAAUGUGUAAGUGUGCCACCGAAAAGGCUGUGAACUUUCGCAUUUACGUGUUUUCACCUCAUCCUUUCAUCUCCCGCUCGCCUGCCUUUGGCGCACCAGCAGACGACGGCAACCAACUCCCACUUGUACGUGUGCGGGGUGCGCAGUGAAGCAGGGGUGUUUGUGUUUGCAGUGGUGUGCGUGCCAGAUAAAGACUCUACGCUUCAAGUUUCUGUUCCGGAAGGAUAUUUGGUGUCAACCGGAGGGAAUAGUUCGUUCGCCAGCGCCCCUAAUAUGCAGGCACGUCCAUUAAUUACGCGAAAGGUCAAAAGUUAGGACCCAAGGAGCCCCGCAAUAAUAAUGUUGUAAGGAGGCAGCGAGGGAGAGAGCGAGCUAUAGAGAAAGAAGGAGGGAGCGAGAGAGAGAGCGAGCUACUGUGCAGGUGUGAGUGCGUGAUAGAACAAAGAGGACGAAAAACACGGCUGGCCGCGAAUUCGCCGCACGACGAAUUGGUGUUUUGUACCAAAAAAAAAAAAAAAAAAAACUAAAGGAAAACAAGGAUUCUACGGAUUUCUAUUGAAACUAAUUAAACUAAAGACUGCCAAGAUAUACAAUCCAAGAGCCAUGUCUGCGGCGGAACUUGAGGCGGAAGCUGCCGCCCAAGAGCAGCAGCCACAACAACAGCAACCGCCGCCCAGCGAGGAAACCAACAACACUACUGCCAUCGAUGAAAAUUCAUCCGCGACAUCCAACAACAGCUUCAACAACAACAUCGACAUGGACACACAACUGCAGAUGAGCACCUUGGAUCACAACCAGAUGCAGCUGGAGGGUAAUAGCAACAACGGCGGAAUUCCGGGUCUGGGAAUUGGCCUGAUGAACUCCUCACCGCCGCCGCACAGCUACCGGCACUCGCGGGCCUAUCGCCACUUCAAGAAUCCGCCGCAACCGCACAUGUGCAUCCGCACCACAACGGAAGCCGGCGAGGAGCUCUUCAUCAAUGUCCUCAGCUGGACACGCAUUGUGAUACCGCAGGAGCCCAGUGAUCCCAUUCCUCUUUACGGUGGCAUGCGUGUACCACCUGGCAGUCCACGCAGUCCUCCCAUCGUCUUUGCCGUCAUGGCAAACCCAGAGGUGCUCAAGGACUCUGGACGCCACAGCAAAGACCCCGAAGAGCGACGUGCCAUGGUGGAGCUAAUGUGCGACUUUGUGGAGGCUAUGAAUCCAGGCGUGAAAUUAGUCAGAAACGCCGUAAUACUUAAGGAUCGCGACAUCUCGGGCGAACUGAAGGACGUGUGGAAUGCAGUGCAGGCGCAGCGAGAUCGCGAACGGGAGGAGCAAAUGAUGCAGCAACGCCAGCAGCAGCACUACCAGAACAUCACCACGCAACAAAUGUUUCCCAAAUCACCAGAUGCAGCGCGUGCGGCCAGUGCUGGUGCCAGUGCGAUGAACAACGAGGCCGGCUCGCCACCGGCUCAUCCAGAGUCGCUGCUGGCAGAGCACGGCAAUGGCAAUGGCAAUGGCAACGGUAAUGGCAAUGGCAUCACAUUGGCAGUGUUUGCCCAACAGCUGGACAACAAAGUGGCCAGUGAGCAGGCAGAGCAGCAACAGCAGGAACAACAACAAUCGGCACUAUUGGAGGAGGCUUGUGUGGAUCAAACGGAUGCGGGCAACUCGCUGAAUGGAGCAACUACAGUGCUGGACAAUCAACCAAGUGUGGAGACCGAAACAGAAGUAAAGGCGGCUGCUCCAGUUACCGCAAAUGGUGGCAGUACGCCCUCGCAAACAGUCACACCCAAUCCGGCACCAGCUUCAGCUCCAGUUCCAGUGCCAGCACCUGCUCCUGCUCCAGUUGUUACACCAACCCCAAUACCAGCUGCUGCCGCUGCUCCCGUCAAGAAGGAAAAGCUCGGGGGCUUCUUGCCCAAUGGCUGCAUCUUCCCGCGCUUCAAGAACAACAAGCACAAGGACAAGGACAGCAGUCACAAGGAAGGCAAGAGCAAAGAGAAGACCCUGCUGAAUGCCCUCAAGAAGAGCAGCAAGGAGAAGAAGGUGGCGCCCAGCGAGCAGCCGCCGGUGGAGAAGGCUGCCGUCGCCUCGGACAAUGGCACCACCACGCAGUACGAGAAGAACUGCAUCAAUAAUCUGGAGUGUGAGGUGCAGAAGCUGGACCUGAACAGCGGCAGCAAUGGCGAUAACAACAGUAUGUUUAUCAAGCUGAAAGUGUCGCCGGCGUCCAAUGCCACAGCAGCGGCAGCGGCGGCAAAGUAGUGGGACCCUGAAUCCUGAACACAAAUCUCGUAGGUAAGUGGGAGAGCUAGGAACUCGCCAGUGCAAGGAUCUGCCGAGCGUCCCUUAGGGCUUAGAGUCGUGAAUAGAGAGAGGGCUAGAGAGGGAGUCGUGUAGCAUAUACAAGAUUUAUAUAUACAAUAUACAGAACACAACACAACACACUCACUCACUCAAUCACACACGCAUUUUUUGGAUAGCCACAGAACAGAGAUCAGAGACAGUUGUGCCAUGCUCACCAGCUCAUAUAGACAGCGCUUCUCCCAAGGAUCUUCCCCCGGCAUUUACAUAACUGACAAAAUGAUUAACGUAUUUACAUAGUUCAAUAUACAUACAUACAUACAAAUGUAUGAGAUUCGCAUACACAGAGUUUGCCUUAUAUACAACAAGACCCUAAAAAGAGAGAGAGAGAGAGCGACCCAAGAACCUAGCAGCAAGAAGAGCCAGAAUUCAAGUAUAUUUAACAAUAAUCAAGUUGUAAUCAAGAGAAACUCAUGCGCCAAACAUCCCAAGCACACACAGAACUCACCACUCAUCAACACAUCUUGAGCUAGCAGCUAGCUCCAUUCCUGAUUUCACAUCCA